GUGUGGCACAGUUCAGUCGUCCAUUAUUUACAAUGGAUUCAUAUACGCUCUAAUGUCUAUGCCCGCAUGAACGCUCAGCACACUUGCUACCGAGGCUCUCACUCUCACGAGUCACCAUGAACCAGGAGAUCCAAAUAACAAAGCUGCCGUCGCAACGCCAACAGCAACAAGAGCUGCCACUGCCACCGGAAGGUGUCACCAUCGUGCAAGAUGGCACGUCGCAAGACCAGCAGCAACAGGCGGCGCAAGGUCGCCACGGCGCCGUGCAAGGCGGCGGCCACGGCCACCACCACCACCGGAGCAGCCGCAAGCUGACGGUGCUCCCGCUCAUCUUCCUCAUCUACUUCGAGGUGGCCGGCGGUCCCUACGGCUCCGAGCGGGCGGUCCGCGCGGCGGGCCCGCUCUUCACGCUCCUGGGCUUCCUCGUCUUCCCCUUCGCGUGGGGCGUCCCGGAGUCGCUCGUCACGGCCGAGCUCUCCGCCGCGCUCCCGGGCAACGGCGGCUUCGUCCGGUGGGCCGACCUCGCCUUCGGCCCGCUCGCCGGCUCGCUGCUGGGGACGUGGAAGUACCUCAGCUGCGUCAUCAACAUCGCCGCGUACCCGGCGCUCGUCGCCGACUACCUGGCCCGCGUCAUCCCCGCCGUGGCCGGCGGCAGGACGCGCACGGGCACGGUGGUCGGCAUGACCGUGUUCCUGUCCUUCGUCAACUACGCCGGCCUGAGCAUCGUCGGGUGGGGCGCCGUCGCGCUGGGGCUCGUGUCCCUGGCGCCGUUCGUGCUCAUGACCGGGAUCGCGGCGCCCAAGAUGCGGCCGCGGCGGUGGGCGGUGCAGGUGGACGGGAGCAAGGACUGGCCGCUCUUCUUCAACACGCUCUUCUGGAACCUCAACUACUGGGACAGCGCCAGCACCAUGGCCGGCGAGGUGGAGCGGCCGGAGCGCACGUUUCCCCGGGCGCUGGCGGUGGCGGUCGUGCUCAUCGCUGCCAGCUACCUGCUGCCGCUCAUGGCAGCGACCGGCGCCACGGACGCGCCGCCGGACACGUGGGCGAACGGCUACCUGGCCGAUGCUGCCGGCAUCAUCGGAGGCCCAUGGCUCAAGUACUGGAUCGAGGCCGGCGCGGUGGUGUCGUCCGUGGGCAUGUUCGAGGCCCAGCUGAGCAGCGGCGCGUUCCAGCUGCUGGGCAUGGCGGAGCUGGGCCUGCUCCCGGCCGUGUUCGCGCGCCGCGCCACCCUGUCCGGUUCCGGCACCCCGUGGGUGGCCAUCGCCGCCUCCACGGCCGUCACGCUCGCCGUCUCCUUCCUCGGCUUCGACGUCGUCGUCGCCACCGCCAACUUCCUCUACAGCCUCGGCACGCUGCUGGAGUUCGCCGCCUUCCUCUGGCUCCGCGCCAGCCGCCCCGACCUGAAGCGGCCCUACCGCGUGCCGCUGUCGUCGCUGCCCGCGCUGGCGGCCAUGUGCGCCGUGCCGUCGGCGUUCCUGGCGUACGUCUGCGUCGUGGCCGGGUGGAGGGUGUUCGCGCUCGCCGGCGGGCUCACGGCGCUCGGCGUCGGACUGCACGGCGCCAUGAGGCUGUGCAGGUCCAGGAAGUGGCUCAGGUUCAAGACCGGCGUGGUCGCCGCGGCGGAAGAUCAUCACCAGCAACAAGGUGAUGUCGUCGUCGUUUCUGCUGGAGACCGAGUUUGAAUGAAUGAAGUAUCACCAGUUCCGCAUGCGUGUCAGUAUGAGUUGAGGUCUUGCUUGGAUGUAGUCGGAUUCACAUCAAUCUACAUGUGUUGAGGUGGGUUGGAGUGGAACUUGAACUAAAUUUCAUCUCAAUCCACUCCAAUACAUAUGGAUUGAGAUGAAUACAAGAACAUCCAAACAAGGCCUUCUACUCAACAUGCCGUAGUACAUGUGCUACAUUAUUUUCAUGUGAUGUGAUGAAGAGUUUUUUUUUUUU